AUGAAUAAAAAACAUAAUCGUCUGCAGUCUCAGUAUGAAGGAAUGAAUAAGACUUAUACUAGUCUCCAGUUUAAAUAUAAACAGCUGAACAUGAAGCACACCAGUCUACAGACCAAGUAUGAACAGCUGAAUGACAGAGCCACAGCCUUGGAUAAAUCCUGUCUUCUAAGAGAUACAUCAGCACAGGGUCAGACAUGUCCUUUGUGCCCAGAGAGCUGGCUCCUUUUCAACUCUAAGUGCUAUUUUUUCUCCACUAAUAAAAUGAACUGGAUCAGCAGUCGAGAUAACUGCAUCUCGUUUGGAGGACACCUGGUGAUUAUAGAGGGCAUGGAGAAGCAGAAUUUUCUAAAAGCAUUGGUGGAAAUCAAAGAAGAUGCAGAUAAAUCCUACUGGAUUGGACUGACAGAUGUGGUGAAAGAAGGUCACUUUAUAUGGGUGGACAACAAACCUUUGGACCCAAAAAAAGGGUUUUGGAGCAAAGGAGAGCCAAACAACUGGACUCACGAGCAACACACUCCCAGUGGAGAGGACUGUGUUUAUCUGCAGAAAUCAAAGCAAUACAGUGGCUGGUAUGAUGGAAACUGUAAAGUUUUGAAAAAAAGAAUCUGUGAGGCAGCACCAGCAAGAUGUCCAGCUCAAGAGCGAAGGAUGAAUGGGAGCAUCUGA